CGGUUUGGGGCUGUGUGCAGGGCUAGUGCCGAGCCGGAGCAGCUGCGGAGAGACUCCUGGACUCCGCUGAGGUCGCCGCUCCCGCUCCUCGCUUCGGCCGCCGCAGCUUCCAAGUCGCCUCCGCCGCCGCCGCUGGGGGAGCGGCCACUUAUUGUCUUUCUCCGCGGCCAAGGUGCGGAGCUGCUCCAGCUCGGCCCGCGGGGGACCCCGGGCGCCGAACGUGUCCUGGGUCAUGAAACUUAAUCCACAGCAAGCUCCAUUAUAUGGCGACUGUGUUGUUACCGUACUGCUCGCGGAAGAGGACAAAGUUGAAGAUGAUGUAGUUUUUUACUUGGUGUUUUCGGGUUCCACCCUCCACCAUUGUACAAGUACACGGAAGGUCAGUUCUAACACGCUGGAGACCAUCGCUCCUGGUCAUGACUGCUGCGAGACAGUGAAGGUGCUGCUCUGCGCUUCCAAAGAGGGCCUGCCCGUGUUUGUGGUGGCGGAAGAGGACUUCCAGUUCAUCCAGGACGAGGCCUACGACGCAGCCCAGUUCCUGGCCACCAGCGCCGGCAACCAGCAGGCCCUGAACUUCACCCGUUUCCUAGAUCGCUCAGGACCCCCGUCCACGGAUGUGAACUCCCUCGAUGAGAAAGUCGCCCUGGCCUUCAGGCACCUGAAGCUGCCAGCGGAGUGGAAUGUGUUGGGGACAGACACAACCUCACACGAUGGUGGCCCCCGGGAGACGUUGAUGCAUUUCGCCGUGCGGCUGGGGCUGCUGAGGCUGACGUGGUUCCUGCUGCAGAAGCCAGGUGGCCGCGGAGCUCUGAGCAUCCACAACCAGGAAGGAGCGACACCUGUGAGCCUGGCCUUGGAGCGGGGUUAUCACAAGCUGCACCGGCUCCUGACCGAGGAGGAUGCUGGAGAACCAGACUCCUGGAGCAGUUUGUCCUAUGAAAUCCCUUACGGAGACUGUUCUGUGAGGCAUCACCGAGAGUUGGACGUCUAUAUGCUAACCUCCGAGUCGGAGCCACACCAGGAGCCCCCACUUUCUGGAGACAGUUGCACUGGACAUAUUUUUAAACUUAUGAACAUUCAACAGCAGCUAAUGAAAACAAACCUCAAGCAGAUGGACAGUCUCACACCCUCAGCGGUGACAGCACAGGACCCUUCAGGUGCCCCCCAUGACCAGGAUGCAGAUGGUCACUUUCUUCCCUGCGCGUCCGAGCCCACAGCCAGCCUGCAGCUUGCCUCUCCUGGAGCUGCCGAGAGCUGUCAGCGCUGCCGGGGGAGCACCGUGGGGCAGACUGAGGGCUCCUGCGAUUUGCCAGGUGUGGCCACGGAGGAGGACACAGACCCUUCCUGCAGGACGAGGAGCACGGGCGUGGCGAGAACAGGAUGUGAGGUGGGGCCAGCACCUGCCACAGACCCUGGAGCGGCGUCUGCUCCCGACAGCUGCGUUCAGAGCCUGCCUGAUGGCAGAGGAGAGGGCCCGGAAGGCCUUCCGUCCUGUGGAGUCAGAGACGACGAAACUACGUUUUUGGCAGGGGCCACCGACCUGGCGUCCCCAGGCAGCGUCCUGCAGGGGGGCGUGGCCCAGGUCUGCUCUGGAGGCAAGCUGGUGGUCGCUUCGCCAGCAGGUGCCAGCGCCCCCGAGGCUGCAGGAGAAGGGGAACAUGGUCUCAUGCACCCUGAUGCCGCCAUCAGGGGGAACAUGCUUGAAGUGGAAGAGAGUAUGAAGAAACGAUUUGAGGACUCCAGUAUCAGCACGGCUGGAGCCUCUGACGGAAAAGCCGCAGACGAGCCUGUGGAUGGAGCCAGCCUUCCAGACAGUGUCUUGGCUGCCAGUCCCCUGGAUGCUAACAAACCUGCAGAAUCGAUACUUGCCAUUAGUAAUGGCAAAGCUGUCAUUGACCAAACUGCAGAAACCGAAACUUCUAAAAGCUGUGAAGAGAGUGCUCACACUCCAGGAGCCCAGAAUCUUCAGUUAGUUCCAGCUGCUGCAGGCGAUGAGGUUUCAGAAGGGCUCCAACCCAACACUCCCUUGGCCAGCGUGUGUGCGCCAGGGUCGCCCUCUGAUUUAACCUUGCCCGGGCCGCACAAAGAUGUGACGCCUAACCCGAAAUCAGAAGUGGAGUCAUCUGGUGGUCACAGCCAAAACAGCGAGUCACCCAUCUGCUCCGCAGCUGGGGGUGAUAAACUUUGCACAGCCCCUGAGUGUCAGCCAAGCAGAGGGACGUCUAGUGGUGUGUCGCCUGCAGAACACCGUGACGACACAGCCCCCCAGGCUGAGAGCACGACCCCAGGACGGCUCGGCACACGGCCCCCGCCCACUGCCCGCUGCCCGAGCGGCCCACAGGCCAGCUCCACCCAGAUCACCCCGGACACCCCAGAACGUGUGGAGGCUUCUCUCCAAGUUUCAGAUAAAGAAAGCCAAGGAGAAGCUCUGAAAGUGGAGACAUCGUCAGCAGAUCCAGCUGAGGUGGUUCCACACCCGCAGGCCGCUCCCCCCAAGGCUGAGAAAGAAGGGGCGUCAGGCCCGGCUGUGACACCAGGCGGGACUCUCUCUCUGGCAGGCAGUCCCGGCAGUGAAUCAGUAACCAAAGAUGACGCACUCUCGCUCGUCCCCUCCCAGAGUGAAAAGGGAAGAGCAGCCCUCCAACCACACACAGAUGGUGGAGAUGGGCCUGACGGAGACGCAAGACGUCCAGAGGAGCAGCCUCCAGAAGGCGGCGCGGCGGCCCUGGGCCCACCCCCCGCGGCCCUAGACCCGCCGCCCGGCAUGGGGAACGCCGGCCCCGGAGGACUCGCUGGGGAGCAGGAGCGCCCCUCCCUCUCAGCGGCCCCCGAAACCCCGGCCGUCGAGGGGACCACUGCCUCUGCCCUGCUUCCUGGGGGUCAAGCCGCUGCGACUGAAGGAGGAAAAACUCAGGUGGUUCCUGAGGGCCCAGGAGGCGAGGGUAAAGCCAGGACCUGUCCCGCCACUGGGGACGGCCCUCUCUGCUCAGGAGCAUCUCGGGGAGAGUGCAGACCACCGCCUCCUGCGCCAGAGGCCCCGGGGGUCCCUGAAGAGCCCGGCGCAGCGGCCUGUGCAGAGGACAGAGCGCCGCAGCCCGGCAGCUCCCCGGGCACACCCUUGGCCCGUCUUCAUGCAGAAACUAAACCCAACAAGGAAGUGGCCCCAGCAGCCUCCCGGCCGACGGGAGGUGGGGCCACACAGAGCCUGGUGCCACCAGGAGCCGGUCUGGCUGCUGACUCCAGCCAGGACGCCCCAGGUGCAGAGCCGAGCAGCUCAGCGCCGGCGCCAGAUCUGUUAGCAGGUGGGCCCAAGGCGCCGAACUGCAGUCCAGCUUCUUCAGUUCCAGAUGUUGAGGUGGAAAACCCAUCUCCGGGGAAGAGCGCCGGCUGUGAGGUGAGUGGAGAUGCAGUGCUGGACGGUGCCCGGGUUCAUGGUCUACAAGAAGCCCUCGGGGCUGGGACAAAGGAUAUAUCUCACAACGCCCCAGACACCUUGUCCUGCCAAGAGGAGAAUAUGAUCCUGGGUUUGCCCGGAGCUUCACCAGCCACAGGUGUGACUAACCCCCAGGGCACCGCGCCCCCAGAGCUGGUGGCGCCUCCGGGUGGGGAGAAGAAGCUGGAGGGAGCAGACUGUGGCUCCAUUGGCCCGCAGGAGGCCCAGGGCGACAGUAAGACGCAUCACGACCCGCUGCAGCCUGUAGGUGGAGAGCGCCCCCCAGAGAUGGGGCCCUCGGGUGAGGCAAGGGGUGCCCCCGCUCUGCCCUGUACCGUCUCCACCAAAGCCCUGCAUCGGCCCGAGGGUGCCGACUCCAUCGAGGAGGCUGCCAGCCGCAUCGUGGAUUCUGUCAUAGAGCAAGUCAAGGCCUCCGGAGCGCUGAUGACAGGGGGGGCCCUCGGGCACAGGUCACCGCCCAGGCCUCCCGAGGCGGGCCCAGGGACAGAGCCCACAGCACGUGCUUCCGCCGGGGAGACGAGUGCCCUGCAGCCUGCGGAGACCCCGCCGGUGGGCAGUGGUGGCGGAGAAGCCUCUGGGAGCCUUGAGCAGUGCUUUGCUGGAAGCGAGGAGCCAGAGAUGGUUCUGCCUGUCCAAGGACCUGCACCAGAGACAGAAAUGCCCGACACGAAAGCUGAAGAUGAAGUGGAUUUUCUGAGUAACACCCGGGAGAGUUCAGUUUCUGAAGAGGCGGCUCUGGGAAACAGAACUUCUACGCCGGAGGUGAAACAAGGCCCGAAGACCCAGGCGAUAAACCGAGAAAACUGGUGUACCAUUGAGCCGUGCCCUGACGCAGCAUCUCUUCUGGCUCCCACGCAGAACCCGGAAUGUGACAGCUUCCUGGAUGUUGGACUGGGCCGAGAGUGUGCCUCAAAACCAGGUGUCCUUAAAAGAGAAUCUGGGAGCGAUUCUGACCUUUUUCACUCACCCGGUGAAGACGUGGACAGCAUUGUCUUCUCCAAGCCCGAGGAGGAGCAGCUGGCCUGCGAUGUCACUGGAUCCAGUUCCUCCACCGAUGACACGGCGUCCCUGGACCAACAUUCGUCCCACGGCAGCGAUGUGUCCCUCCCCCAGGUUUCCAGUUUGAACAGGUCCAGAGACCCGCAGUGUCUCAACGGCUUCUACAGCCAUGGGCUGGGAGCUGAGGGUCGAGAGAGCGAGAGCGAGCCCGCUGGCUCGGGUGAGAUGGAGGAGGAGGAGAUGGACAGCAUCACCGAGGUGCCCGCGAGCUGCUCCGUCCUGCGGAGCUCCAUGCGCUCUCUGUCCCCUUUCCGGAGGCACAGCUGGGGUCCCGGGAAGAACGCAGCCAGCGACGCAGAGAUGAACCACCGGAGUUCAAUGCGAGUUCUUGGGGAUGUUGUCAGGAGACCUCCCAUUCAUAGGAGAAGUAUGAGCUGGUGUCCCUCUGGUGUGCAAUACUCUGCUGCCCUGAGUGCUGAUUUUAAUUACAGAAGUUUCAGUCUAGAAGGCUUGACAGGAGGAGCUGGUAUUGGAAACAAGCCGUCCUCAUCUCUCGAAGGAAACUCUUCAAACACCAAAGAACUCAGGCACCCUUUCAGUGGCCAGGAAAGGGGUGACUCUCUGGUGUCGCUCUCAGAAGAGGAUCUUGAAUCAGGCCAGAGGGAACAUGGAAUGUUUAAUCAGCAGACAUGUCACAGAUCUAAACAACAGGGAUUUAAUUACUGUACAUCAGCCAUUUCUUCUCCACUGACAAAAUCCUUCUCAUUAACGACAAUCAGCCAUUCUGGGUUGGACACCCAGCAGCAGAGGCGGCCAGCACGGCGGAUCUCGCUCUCCGUCAGCAUCUCACCUCUCCUCCUUAAGUCUAAAACUCUCUUUUCUCUUGGCUCUUCUUACUCCAGUGAUGAGGAGGAGGAGUUGCAUAGUUCACGGCCCUUCCACAGCACCAGCUCUAAUCUGACUGGGAGUAUAACAGAAGAGAACUUUAAUUUCCUGCCACAAAGCCCCAAGAAAGAUUUUGAAAUAAAGAGUGGAACCAAAGUCAGUCGUACGUUCAGCUACAUCAAGAACAAAAUGUCCAGCAGUAAAAAGAGCAAGGAAAAGGAAAAAGAGAAAGAUAAAAUUAAGGAGAAGGAGAAAGACUCUAAAGAGAAGGAGAAGGACAAGAAGACUGUGAACGGGCAUGCGUUCAGUUCCAUCUCCGUUGUGGGUCCCUUUGGCUGCCACCAGUGCAUGAAGUCCUUCACCAGCAAAGAUGCCUACACGUGUGCAAAUUGUGGCGCCUUUGUCCACAAAGGCUGCAGAGAAAGUCUGAGCUCCUGUGCAAAGGUCAAAAUGAAGCAACCCAAAGGGAACCUGCAGGCACACGACACAUCCUCGCUGCCCACAGUCAUCAUGAGAAGCAAGUCCUCCCAGCCCAAGGAGCGCCCUCGGUCAGCCGUCCUCCUAGCCGAUGAAACCACUGCCGCCCCCGUGUUUGCUAACAGACGGUCCCAGCAGAGCGCCAUGCUUUCCAAAAGCGUCUCCAUUCAGAACAUCGCUGGAGUUGGCAACGAUGAGAACAUCUCGAACACCUGGAAGUUCCUGUCCCACUCAACAGACUCACUGAAUAAAAUCAGCAAGGUCAACGAGUCCACGGAGUCCCUUACGGAUGAGGGAGUAGGUACAGACAUGAAUGAAGGACAGCUAAUGGGAGAUUUUGAGACUGAGUCCAAACAGCUGGAAGCAGAGUCUUGGAGUCAGAUCGUGGACAGCAAGUUUCUGAAACAGCACAAGAAAGAUGUCGUCAAGCGGCAAGAAGUGAUUUACGAGCUGAUGCAGACGGAGUUCCACCACCUCCGCACCCUCAAGAUCAUGAGCGACGUCUACAGCCGGGGCAUGAUGGCCGACCUGCUCUUCGAGCAGCAGAUGGUGGAGAAGCUGUUCCCCUGCUUGGACGAGCUCAUCAGUAUCCACAGCCAGUUCUUCCAGCGCAUCCUCGAGCGGAAAAAGGACUCCCUGGUGGAUAAGAGCGAGAAGAACUUUCUCAUCAAGAGGAUCGGGGAUGUGCUUGUGCAUCAGUUCUCGGGGGAGAAUGCCGAACGCUUAAAGAAGACGUACGGCAAGUUUUGUGGGCAGCACAACCAGUCUGUGAACUACUUCAAAGACCUCCACACCAAAGACAAGCGCUUUCAAGCCUUCGUGAAGAAGAAGAUGAGCAGUUCGGUCGUCCGGAGGCUGGGAAUCCCCGAGUGCAUAUUGCUUGUAACCCAGCGAAUCACCAAAUACCCGGUUUUGUUCCAGAGGAUACUGCAGUGUACCAAAGACAACGAGGCGGAGCAGCAGGACCUGACGCAGUCCCUGGGCCUGGUGAAGGAGGUGAUCAGCGCCGUGGACAGCAAGGUGGCAAGUUACGAGAAGAAGGUCCGUCUGAACGAGAUCUACACGAAGACCGACAGCAAGUCGAUCAUGAGGAUGAAGAGCGGCCAGAUGUUCGCCAAGGAGGACUUGAGGCGGAAGAAGCUGGUGCGGGACGGGAGCGUGUUUCUGAAGAGCGCGACCGGGAGGCUGAAAGAGGUUCAGGCGGUCCUGUUGACUGACAUCUUGGUCUUCCUUCAAGAAAAAGACCAGAAGUACGUCUUUGCGUCAUUGGACCAGAAAUCAACGGUGAUCUCUCUGAAGAAGCUGAUUGUGAGGGAAGUAGCACACGAGGAGAAGGGCUUGUUCCUCAUCAGUAUGGGGAUGAAGGACCCGGAGAUGGUGGAAGUCCACGCCAGCUCCAAGGAGGAGCGCAACAGCUGGAUUCAGAUCAUCCAGGACACAAUCAACACCCUGAACCGAGAUGAAGAUGAAGGAAUUCCUAGUGAGAACGAGGAAGAAAAGAAGAUGUUGGACACCAAGGCCCGGGAGUUAAAAGAGCAACUUCAGCAAAAGGACCAGCAGAUCCUGCUCCUGCUGGAAGAGAAGGAGAUGAUUUUCCGGGACAUGACUGAGUGCAGCACGCCCUUGCCAGAGGACUGCUCCCCAACCCACAGCUGUAGAACCCUCUUCCGCUCCAGCACAGAAGAGGCUCUCAAAGGAGGACCUUUAAUGAAAAGUGCAAUAAAUGAAGUGGAGAUCCUGCAGGGUCUGGUGAGUGGCAGCCUAAGAGGCUCUCUUGGGCAGGUCGUCAGCAGCCCCUCGGAGCAGGAGGGCGUGGUUGGCCCCGUGUCCCUGCCCCGGAGAGCGGAGACCUUUGGAGGGUUUGACAGCCAUCAGAUGAACGCUUCAAAAGGAGGUGAGAAGGAGGAGGGAGACGAUGGCCAGGACCUCAGGAGAACCGAGUCGGACAGCGGUCUGAAAAAGGGUGGAAAUGCUAACCUGGUAUUUAUGCUUAAAAGAAACAGUGAGCAGGUCAUCCAGAGCGUCGUCCAUCUCCACGAGCUCCUCAGCACUCUGCAGGGCGUGGUGCUGCAGCAGGACAGCUACAUCGAGGACCAGAAGCUGCUGCUGAGCGAGCGGGCACUCACGCGGACGGCGUCGCGGCCCAGCUCCCUCAUCGAGCAGGAGAAGCAGCGCAGCCUGGAGAAGCAGCGCCAGGACCUGGCCAACCUGCAGCGGCAGCAGGCGCAGCACCAGGAGGAGAGGCGGCGGCGCGAGCGCGAGUGGGAGGCCCGCGAGAGGGCGCUGGCGGAGCGCGAGGCGCGCCUGGCGCAGCGCGAGGACGAGCUGCGGCGCGGCCGCCAGGACCUGGAGCGCGAGCGCGACGAGCUGCUGCAGCGGAAAGGCGCCUACCAGGGCGACCUGGAGCGCCUGCGCGCCGCCCAGCGGCUGCUGGAGCGCGAGCAGGAGCAGCUCCGGCGGGACUCGGAGCGGCUCAGCCAGGUUUCAUAUCAAAACACCAAGCUGCUGCGGAUCCCAUCCUUCUCUCCGAACCCCGAGGAGACCCCCUCGCCACCUGCACCUUCAAUAACCAAAUCAGGGUCAUUGGACUCAGAACUCUCAGUGUCCCCCAAAAGGAACAGCAUGUCUCGGACACACAAAGAGAAGGGGCCUUUUCACAUGCUGGGUUCCGCCAGCCAGACAAACAGGGCACCAGAGGCUCAGAGCCAGACCCCAGUGUCCACGUCCACGUCCACCCGCCUGUUCGGGUUAGCUAAGCCAAAGGAAAAGAAGGAGAAAAAGAAGAAGGGCAAAGGAAGCCGCUCACAGCCCGGGGACGGCCCUGCUUCGGAGGUUCCCGCUGAGGGGGAGGAGAUUUUCUGCUGACCGGUCCCACUGCUGUCCUGCACGGUGACCGUUCACCCCCGCCAUCCUGUGCGCACUGCCCCCCACCGAUGCCCGUGCCUGGCGGCCCUCUCUGCUGCCCCGGGGCCUAGGCCCGAUGGACAUAUGGUCCUGGGGGUCAGGGUGGGGAAGGAGGCCCAGGAUUGCAACCCAACCACUGGCCAGUCCUGCUGAGGUCACAUUAUAAUGAGGAUAGUGGCCCCGGAAGUCCAGGGGAUGGUUGUGACAUGUCAGGAAUGCCUCGAGGCCGAGAGGGUGUUUGCGAAUGUGGUCUGAAGCUCUGGGACAGAACCAAAAAUCAAACCACAGGUAGUUUGCGCUUCAUCUGAAUGCGUACAGUACCCGUCUGUAUAGACACAUGGAAUACCACGGACCGUGCAUGGUCUGCACUAGACGCCUGGCGGGCUCAGCUCAGCUCAGCACGAGGGCACUGCCCCCCCACCACUCGGGGGCGUGUGCUCUGAGUCUCAUCCGGCAUUCCCCCCGGUCUGUCUCCUGGCAAACCCACCCGUGCACACUUCACCCCCACUGCUGUGUGUAUUUCUCACUCAGAAGGGAUGGCAAACAGUUGUGAAUACCAGUGAAAGAAGGCUGGAUAUCUUUAAAAAGCAAAUGAUCCUGAAACACCUUGAUUUUGGUGUUUCAGUCACUUCAGGGGGAAAAAAAAAAGUAAUGUCAUCAGAUCUAAAAGAAAUCCUAUAUUGGCUUUCCAAGAUGUUUGCUCAUGGAUUCUGGGCACAGAUGAAGUGGAGAGGCUACCUCCCCGUCAUCCCUGCAGAGUGACACUUUCCGGUCAUCACUGGCCAUUCGCACGUGACCGCGACCCCCUGGCUGUCCCCCUAGGGCCUUGCAGUGGCUCCCCAGGGAAGCUGUUCCUGCCUGCGCCCCCGCCAGGGGAGAGGGUGGCCCCCUGGCACUCCUCUGCCUGCCCUGGAGCCACCUGCCUCUUCCUCCGGGGUGGGGUGACCGCCCUAUCCUAGGCAAUUGGCUGAAAAGCAGGUGCAGGUAGGCGCAUUGGGCGUAUGAAGUGGUUCCCUCCAGUUCAGACCAGGAGACAAGCUGGUCCAGAAGGUAUGGCCUGGAAGGGUCUCCUUCUGUCAGGAGGCCUGGCACAGUUUUGAUUUCUCCAAGUUUUGCAGUCUAAAGUUCUGAUGGUUAUUGUAUUCUGUCCCUUGAAGAUGCCACAAGUGCUGUCUGCAUGUUCUUUUUCCUUCUUUCUUUUUUUUCUGUGUUUCCAUCUGUAUUCCUGGAGGCUUGUCACCAGCCGCCCGGUGCAGAGCGUUUCCCCGUGAGGCCCCCGCAACUGCCACGCUUGUUACCUGCCUCGUGGCAGGGGGAGACCCUGGAAAAUUCUGUGCUUCCCAUGUGGCCUUUGAUUCCUGCCUUUCGCCCCUCAGGAGCAUAGGUCUUUGAACUUAACCUUUCUAAAAACAAACAGAUCUGUACCUUGGUGCUUGUUGAUGAAUUGCAAGCUGGUCUUGCAGAUGGAGAUAUCUAUCUUUCAGUUUAUUUGAAAGAGGUCUGGUUUAAAAGUUUUAGCUUUAGAUUUGUUUUAUUUAUUUGUGUGCCGGGUGCGUGUGUGUGUGUGUCCGUGUGUGUGCGUAUGUGCGUGUGUGUUAAGGGUGAACACACCAGCUCAACGGUUUUGACUGUGUCCAGUCAGGCAGCCCGCGCUGCAUCCUCACUCCUCCAGGUCUGUCAAAGUGCCUUGAAGGCCCAAAGGAAAAUUAAGGGUGGUGGGUGAAGUCCCUUUCCUUCCCUCCUCCCACCCCAACCUCAUUCUUUGACCAAGAGAGGUCUUCUUCCUUGCUUGAGAGUUAAAAAAACUUGCCACCCAUGGGCUCCAUGUGCCUCGUUUUUAUCACGGCAGUCUCUUACCCUUCAGAAAUGCUUUGAGAACCAGCUGAUCUUCUACUGAACCUCGAUAUGCGCCCCCAACCCCAUCCCCUAACCAAAGACCCUGAACAUUGGAAGGUUAGGUUUCCUCCGCCGCCGAUCCCUGCGGCUCUGAGGAUGGCUGGCCUGCUGUGGCCUUGCUUAGACCCUGGGGAGCUUGGCGCUCUGUCCUUGUCACUGGUUCGGGGUCCCCGUCCUGCAGAGAGCGGCUCUGCUGGAAGAAGGGGCUGGUGAAUGGGGACCUGCGUCCUCCCGGCGUCCGUGUAGGCCCGGCGCCCCUGGCUCUGGGCGUGAAGCUGGCGCUCGGUGCUGGCAGCCUUGCUCUCACACAGGCUCUGCCCCAGAGGCGCCCAGACAGUUUCUGUUUGUCGCCACACAGCUGGAUCUCAGUUUGAAAGUGGCCUUCAUUCCCACCUAGUUGUGAAGUUGCGGUUGCCUUGGCUGUUUGGUGAUAGUUUUCUGAAACACUUGGCCCUCCGCCUGCGCCCCACAACUUAAAAAGUAACUUGGUCGGGUUGUGCUUGGACAGGCUUCAAAUCUGAAUCCGAGGGCGUCUCCCCCUGACUCAGACCUGUGCUUCUCCGUGCCUUGGUUCCCCCUCCCUGUCCGGUGUGGGGUUUGGGGAGCCACCUAGGAUUCCUGCUGCUCCUGCUUUUGCUUCAGACCUCGAAGCCGCCUCCGACCUCGAGGCCUGUCCUGGCUGCUGCGGUUUCUUUCCUGUGAGAAGGGGCUGCCUCUCCGGGCGACUCAGACUCGGCGCUCCACAGCGUCCCCGAGCUGGGAAGGCCAGCUUCUCAGCUUAGGGAAUCAGGGGCCUGACCUCCCUUGUGUUUAGGUUUUGGGGAGCAGAUGGAGACGCCACCCAGGGUCCCCAGGUUCCCAGAAUCUCGUGAGUUCACCUGGAAGGAGGCUGCGCCUUCUCUCAGGACUCCGUCAUCUCAGCGGUCGCUGUCCUAGUCUGGUGACAGGCGACGUGUGCACUUUAAACGCUCCCCACGGUUGGCUCCACUUCCGCGACAAUCAGCUAUUGACUGUUUUCUUUGAAAAUGGAGAGGCUUAAAAGCAGCCCCAGCCUUUACCAACAUUCCCCCCUCUGCCGCCAGGAGAGCUGUCUGUGGGGAGGAGCUCCCUAACGAGGUUUCGGUUUUUAUUUGGAAAGGUACGAACCUACCUUUUAUCCUCUCACGUCUCAGGGUAAUACCACUAAAAGUUGUUCUUUGCGGAUAUUCUCCUGUUACUUGUUGUCUUCCCAAGCCCCUAGUUUCAGCAGUAGGGAGCACGCGCUGUAAGACCAUCGGGGUUUGUUGCCCCUUUGGAGGCUGGGUGUUAGUGUGUAGGGGUUUAUAAACAGGCCCCACCUUAGCUAAAAGGUAGCACCAUUAGCCUUAGGGCCAGACCUCCAACCCAGAAGGUGUGGUUCACAGAAGUACUCUGUAAUUCAUCCAUCGGACCCCAAGGUUCUUUUUUCCACAGCCAGUUCUUGCUCCCAAGGAUCUGUUGUCAGCUUGGAGCUGUGGGUGUUGAUGCAGCAUUGAUGGGGGGCCUGGUGUGCCCCGUGGACGACCAGGCCCAGGGGCUGGUGCGGGGCAGAAGUUGGGAGAAACGGACUGGACGGUGGGCUUCAGCAGCCGAUAAAGAGGGUGGUUCGGACGGGACCCCAGCCACUGCCGAGGGCUCUGGACAUGCUUGGACUGCAGACGCCCAGAAAGAACCCUCCAUGUCGCGGUGGCAGGGACCGAGGCACGGUGCCCGCCAUCCCGCAGUGGGGCCAUGGGACAUGCUCACCGGCAGCCCCAGGUCACAGCCCACCUGGCGCCUCUGCUCCAACCUACCCUCAGAGACAGGAAGGCCAGGGGUUCGUUUUGGUUGGCUUCUUCAUUUUCUUUCUUGCAGUGUAGCGUAACAUUCCUAGUUAACCAGCGCUUUGAAAUCUACUGCCUGCUGGCCAGGUUUUAAGACGAGAAGUCUUUCAGUGCUGCCGUAAGAGGGAAAAAGACAAAAAAAAACACAAAGGCUUCUUUGCAUGUACCAGUCGAAUUUAAUUUGUCAGAAGCUUAGCUGGCCUUGAGUUCCUUCUCCAUCUUGCGAAGGUUUAAAGACGGGCAGACCCAGCUGGCUGACGUGUCUCCUGCCGCGGACAGCGGCCGCCUGCUCCGGACCCCGGGUCGCGCCGAGCCUCUGCUCACCCCGCCCUCCGCCGCCCAGGCCGCCCCGGGCUCCGGGGCCCUAAUGGGCCACCGCAGUCACCGUUCCGUCUGAGGUUCCCGGCGUGUCACCCCACCUGCCGCGCAGGACACCCCAGGACGUGCAGGAGGGCGGUUCCCAGACACCUGAUACCUCUGCUGUCCUUUCGUCGUUUUCAGAUGCUAAAUGGACAUUUCUGUGCAUUUAUUUCUAUUAAAUAAAGAGGGGUUAAAACCCAGAUGCUGUAUAUUAAUUUGUAAUUAUGUAUAAAGUAAAAGCAGUUUUAAACUGUAAAGGUUUUUUGUUUUUGUUUUUUUUUUUCAGUGUGUUUCCUGGAAUUUUGCCACAACAUACUGGCUUUGUAUUUUAUUUAUCUUCCUUUCUAGUUAUCGGCUUCAGACCCUUGUAAAGCCCCCCUCCACCUUCCAAAAAAAAAAAAAAUAAUAAUAAAUGUCCUUUAAGUCUC